AUGCCUUCGAGGGUCAACUUAAGGGUGUGUUCGGGCACAUCUUUAGGCUGUAGGAAGUCCCGCGAGAGGAUAACGAGAAGAGAGGGCACGUGGAGCGGCAGCUCCCUUGCCCCUUCAAAGUUCUACAAGGAGGGGCGAGGGACGGGAACUCGGCUAAGCCAAUGGCCGCCGCGGGCUCCUGUCACGUGGCGGGCCUCUUAUUCGCGCAAGAAGCGCCCAGGCCUCGGACUGCGCCCCGGGAUGGAGAGGGAAGUGGAGCGGCAGCCAUCACCGCCCCCGCCGCUGUCCCCGCCGCCUCCUCGGUUCCAGCCUCCGACCCGGCAGAAGUCACUGGCAGAGCUGCCGCUGACGAGCUUCGAGGAGGAGCACUACGACUGCUACGAAUACUACAACCUGCGGGAGUACCCGAUCCGCGGGCCCGGCUGGAGCAAGGGCCGCACCCGGCGGGAGCGGGAGCUCCGCACCAACCGGCCGGUGCCCGCGGGCCAUGAGCGGAAGAUCGCCCGGAAGCUGUACAACAGCCAGCGGAAGCGGCGCCAGCGCCAGCUGCAGCCCCGGCCUCGCACGCGGCUCUGCUGA